AUUUUAAUGCCCGGUUUGCAUGUCAACGUUUUUGUGAUCACAAUUGCAACUUUGCAUUGUUAAAUCUAAAGUUUACUUGAAAUACAGUGUUCCAGUUCCCUCCUUUGAAAACUUGUUGUUUAAAAAUUCCAACUGUAAUCACAGAAAUUGAAAAUGUACAACUCAGUGAAACAAUUGCUCUCAUUGUUCACAUAUUCAAAUUAUCACAAUGUGUGUCAUCAAGAUUGUAACAACCUUGUAACAAAUCUGUUACAAAAAACUUGUUGCUACAAGUUAUGCAAAUUUUUAUGUGUUGCAGCUAGACUAACAGAUAAAGGUAAAAGAACAGCAAACAGACCCCUCUCAAAGAAGAUAUGCUCUGAAUGUGGUGUCUCACAACCUGUAGCAAAGAGAACAUGUUUGGAAUGUGGUAAUGUUUUUAGAAAAAAAAUAAAGAUUAGUGCUGAAAAAAUUAAGAAGAAAGGGAAAACAAAUCCAACGGAUCAAAAAGACAUGAUGCAUGCACGGGCACGUAUAUUACACGAACGGCAUCAGUGUGAUAUUGUCAUUCUUACCCACAAGAAGCAUGGGCUGGGUUACACCAUCUCUACCUAUGGAACAGAAGGAUUGGCAGAGAUGUUUAUUGGGAGAACCUCUUCAGAUCGAUCUGAAGAAGGACAUGCCAUUGUGGCACUUUUUGAGCGAUUUAUGACAGUGCAAAGAAACAAACAAAAGCAACAGCAAGAAGAAGAACAGCAGCAGCACAUCAUGAACAACAGCACCAACAAGUAG